AUGAGUCAAAUAUUACAAAAACUACGGAAUGUGGAUCCAAACGACAGUGAUGCGGUGAAAGAAGCAAUUACAUCGUUUAUCCAGAAUUUGCUUAAACAUGUAGACAACAAUAGCAACGUAUGUCUGCGCGCGUUGGAAGACGUGUUAACCCGAUACCCAAGAUACUGUUCUCAACACCGGCCUACUAUUGAGAAGUUCAUAGUUCACUUCUUAGAAUCGAGUAACUAUUACAAUGUUAUUGUCGCAGCCAAAUGUGCUCAUGCCCUGCAACAGAUUCGUCCGUCACAGGACAAGCUGGCUAGUCCAAAAAACUGCUGGAGGGAACAGAUGUCUAUACUAUGUAACAGCGCUCACACAUUGAUAGAAGCCAUAUUUUCUAACACUAUCAAUAUUUACAAAAAUAACCGCAGUGUUCAGAAAAAGGAUGUUGAACUCUUAGGCAACAGUGCACUGACAGUAGCAUUGUCAAACAUCUUGAAUAUAAAGAAAACACACGGGUCUAGCAGUGAGGAGAAGAAGAUGGUGCUUUGUAACAAGCUUAGGAAUGUAUUCGUCUUCAUUCAGGCGAUGUUGGUGGAAGUGUACCCAGUAGCUAAGCCGGUGCAACCGCAAGUGAUAUUAGAAGUCAUAGUGCAAGCGCUCAGUGUCUCCAGCAGUGUCAGUACCGAUGCAGUGGAAGCUAGCACUGUCAAGACACAGGCACUUAGGACUUUAGAUGCUCUCAUUAUGUGUUUGGGGUCAAACCUCAUUCCAUUCUCUGGGCUGGUGUUCAGAUUUGUAAUGCAGACACUUAAGUGGAGUUCAGAGAAUCCUAGUGAACAUUCAAGAAAAGUCCGCAUAACAGCGUACAACAGCCUUAGCAAAUGGUUGGGCAUUCUCCACGCGCACCGCGUCUCCAGCGAGGGCAGGGCGCGGUCCUGGGAGGAUGAUCUCACCAAACAUAUCAUUCAAGAUAUCACACCGCCCAAGAAGAUUGUACAACUCACUAUGAGCAAUCAAUAUACUAAGAACUUGAGUAAGAAAGCUAAGAGGAAGCUCGCGAACACGAUGCUGCAACAAAGUACAAUAUCUAGUCACAUGCCCGGCGAGAAGAAUAAGGCAGAUGUAUCUGAGGAGUCAAGUGACGAGGUAGCCAACGCGGCCCUGGAUUGUGCUGAGACAUUCCUCACUGUCUGUGGAAUAUUUUUGAAACCAACCACACACAAGAUAUUCCAAGAACGUCUGGUACGUGAAUGUUUCAACGUGGAGUCGUACAGCGAGCAGCGCGCCACGCGCCUGCUGCGGGCGCUGGACGCGGCGCGCGCCAACACGCCCGCCUCCGUGCCGCCGCCCACACAGUACUGUCUGCAACUCUACAGUGUACUCGUUAACAGUCCAUGUGAUCAGAUCAGGAGGUUCAGUUCCCAAGCAUUACUGAACAUACGGCUACACCUGCACUGCUCGCCACCCUCGAUCAACUUCGCUAUAGACGCGCCAGCAGAAUCGAAGGCACCCAAAAAUAAGAAGGAAAUAUCUAAGAAGAACAGAGAAGCUCUUGAGGCGUUGUUAGGAAAGGAGAGAAUGCCGCCUACAGGUUCUACAGAAGACUCGACAGAGGCACCAGCGACCAAGAAGCCACGCUUAGAUGAUGACAGAAUUAGUAUCAGUAGUGAAUCGGCCGCUUCGGUUGUUAUCUCAGAUGCUACAGAUGAUGAAAUCGAAGAAAUUAAUGAAGAACAAAUCGAUGUUGAAGAAGAAAUACAAAUUUUCACAGAACCAGAUGAUGCUCAAGACCAAUCUAGUGAAAAAAGUAAACAAACGUCAGAUACUCCUUGUAUGACAGUCGACAACUCCCCAGAAUCAAAUAAUGAUGAAAUCAUUGUGCCAAAUCAAACAAAUUCCAUUUACGAUGCCAAAACACAAGUCCCAAUGAACACUUCACAUGAUACAAUAGAUGGUGAUAAAAGCCCAAGCUCAUUAGAGGUAGUUUAUGAUGCUCCAAACACGAGCAGUAAAGUAGCCAUGAUAGAAAAGAUGGAUGACGAUAAUCUCCCCAGUACUAAUGAAACAGAUGACGUGCAAAUAACUUGUGGACAAGCUAUUUUGGGCUCGCAGGGUUCAACGACGUCAAACAACGCGAUAAACAACAUUGAAAUCGAGGUAGAAAUAUCUACAACGAGCGCGACAAAUGAAGCGACGAAAUCGGAUGAGACUGUAGAACUUAAGCAAAAUGAUAAUGAAGCAGCUAAUAAAAAUAUUGAAGUUACAAUAACUAGUAAAGAAGUUACGAUAGAAGACAUGUUAGCUGAUUUCGUUGACGAAGUCAAUGAUGAGCCAAGUGUAGUAGUUUAA